AUGGAGCCUGUAAUGGUUCUUACCCUCGACUCAUUCGACGCCCACACGCAAGGCAUGGUUCGCAAAGUUCAAGCCAAUCUGGUCGUUGCUUCCCGAGGCCUUGCAAUCUCUACGUGCAACUUGAACACGCCCGUUAUCGAUACGUUGACAGCUUACCUUCUGCUCAACUACCCGAGUUUGAAGAAGCUCAACGCGCAGGCCCUUCCUGUUCUUCGGCAUGCGCUGGACUUGCUGGCUGCAGCGAGAUGGAUCUUCUGGCUUGAGCCACUUGAACAAAACGCGAGACCCAUACCUGAGACUGCCGAGCAAAGACUCAUUCGCCACCAAGCCACCCUCCUUGACCAAUUCAUGCAAGCUGGACGGCGUCAAGAGGAGCGGCUCCAAGGUCUAGAGGCAAAGGUGGAUGGCCAUGCGGUUAAGAAGCCGCAAGUUCUCGAGAACGGCAAUGGCGAGCCUACCGUGAAGCGGCAACGACAGGCGUCUGCCACGGCGUUACGAACAACGUGGUUCGAAUGGUAUGGUGGCGAACCAAGGCUCUACGCAAAUGCUGACGCUUCAAAGCAGAAGCGAUACAAUGCGCGGCACCUAGUUGCGUAUAUGAGGCUUUUCUUGCCGAAGGGAUUCGUAAUGGAAGAAGGGAGUUCAACGUACCUCGACGACGUUGUCUCGAUCGGCUCCGCGGCUGAGUCGGCGCUGUUGGCCUUUCUUCGCGAACAAGGCUGUCGUUCGACUGGCUCAAGCGCCGUCCUAAAGGUGCUGCAAAAGUUACAUCGGGACGGCGCGUUGAAGUCCCGAAUCGGGCACUACCUUCAGCUUCGCAUAGCAGGCCUGACAACUGAUCCAGCGCCACUGCACACCCAAGUCGUUUUAGAUCAUUCAUAG